UCCACCUUUUUCCCCCCUCCAACUUAUGGUGGUGGUGGUGGAAAACAGGCCCACCAGCAUCCGCGCGGACCGUCGACAGUUUAUGAAUAUGCCGCUAGUUGUUGCUGCGGCAGCGCUUUUUCGCAGAACUCGUGGUGGUCUUCGGAAGCCCUGACGCGCCUGCGCGGCGGCCAGCCUGCCGCGGGCGCUCAAGGCUAGACGCCGCCGGAAGCCCAGAGUCGGCCAGCAUGGAGCGAUCUUGCGAUCGGGAGAUCACGACAAGAAGCUGGCGUGGCCGGCGCCUGGCGCGAGAAUCCACGGGCUUCAGAGGCUUGCCAGUGCUUGUGGCCGCCCGAAGUGGGUUAGCCGGGUCUACCACUUUCGCAGGGUGUGUCCUUGCUGUCUUGGUGCCACUGGCUCCCAGAUUGGAGUGCACGACUGCGUGCGGUCAGCAGCGUUUUGGCACUGCAAUCUUUCCCGAGGGCAACUUUUUCCUUCUUGGGUUCACCGAAUUCGACGUGCUGUCGCUCAAACGCGAAGGACUCAGCGGAGUCAGAUCGCACCUAGGCUAG